CCGCACUCGACACGAUGAUGCGCUUCGUUAAUGCGGCAUUUUUCCUCCCGCUCUUCCUGCCGGUAUCCCGCACACAAUCAGCGAAUAAUGCUUCCACGUCGGAAGAAGAGACCGUUACGCGGUCCGUUGUGCAGAAUGCACAAGCGGCCGACUUCUUACCGAAAGUUCUUCCCAGUAUCGGCGAGACGAAAUUGUUGGGCUGUAUUCUGAUGGAACGCGGAGACACGAACGAUUUGUAUGAUUAUAAUAAAGCCGCAGCGGCCUUUGAACUGGCGGUGGAGUGGAUCAACCAGUAUGUCUUCCCGGUUAAUCUCAGCCUGCAGACGCGCUAUCUGGAUAUCGGCAGUAAUUGCGCACCGCGCAAUCGCAUUGUCGCGUACGCGAUGGAUCUGUGGAAUCGCAACAUCAAUUGUGACGUGUAUUUUGGACCGGGGUGUGGUGCGGCGGCGGAGAAUCUCAAUGACUUUGCCGAAUUUACCGGCACACCCAUCUUCGGUUUGCCAGCGGCCAGUGUCGGGAUGAAAGCGUCACUGGAUAAGUACAUUGGUGUGCGUCCAUCGAUAACGCAUUCGACACUGGCUAACGUCCUGGUGCGCUUCUUCACGAAAUUCAACUAUACAACACCGUUCUUCUUAUACGACACGUUCAGCCCGUUUUUCCGCGAAAUGGGCGUACUGCUGAGUGCAGCGAUUCUGGAAGAAAACGCCGAUCUGUACUACAGCGCAAAAUUCCAGGGUUUCGACAGCUCAGUGGCCGGUCAUGCCGAUACGGUGGAUUUCCUGGGAGAAGUCUCAAAAAUCUCCCGCGUGCUGAUUAUCCUAGCCAACGCGACGACGGUUAGGAAUAUCAUGGUGACCGCAUUCCAAGAAGGAAUGACGAACGGCGAUUAUGUGUUUCUCGCGGUGGAGUUGUUUGAAAAUUCCCUCUGGGGACGCUUCACAUGGCAGUAUUACGACGAGAAGGAUUCGCUGGCUAAACUGGCCUUCCGCCCACUCCUUCUCUUAUCCAUACGCUUGCCCACGGACGACAGUCUAAUGAAUUUUUGGACGGAUGUGCGAGAGCGCGCCCAAAAGAAGGGAUAUUAUCAUUUUGCUUCCGAUUCCAAACCGGAUUUAAUGGUCGCCCAUGUCUAUGAUGCUGUCUACCUCUACGCUUCCGUGGUGGUAACGCUUUUGUCGCGAUAUCAAGACUUCCUGAACGGUUCGCUUGUAGCAGCUUCCGUUGUCAACUUUACCUUCUUCAGUGUGCCUUUAAACCGUCCAGUCGUCAUGGACCAAAACGGUGACCGGGUGUCCACUUAUACCAUUAGAAAUUUCGAUCCCGGAUCGGGGAAGUUUAAUGAACUGUACUUGGCCCCAUCAACCUCGAAAAAACUUGUCUGUAUCAGCCGGCUAAGUUGGCCCAUCGGAAACCAGCUACCGCCGAAUACUCCCCUCUGCGGUUUCGACGGGAACGCCCUUAUCUGCCAGCAGAUGAACGCUUUGUCUACAUCAACGUUAACUGUGAUAAUCGUGUUACCGAUUUUAUUUGUUGCCGCUUGUGUAGUCAUCGCCUGGGUGAUUGACCAUGCGGACGCUGAGGAUAAAUCACAUGAAAUGUCGGAAUCGAAUAUUUUAGCACCGUGGCAGAGAAUCCUUACACGAUCGGCGUGCUCCAUCUAG